AUGUCUGAUAAUCCUCAAAGGAAAUAUAAUAUUGAAGCACAUGCCUUUGUCCCAAAGAAUAAAAGAGCUCCAGAAGUUAUUGUUGCACCUCCAGGAUUUCCAGCUGAAUACCUUGAAAUGUUUAAUUCUGCAGAUAACGAUACAAAGAAAAGUAUUAUUGAACAAUUUCAAAGUAUUCAACAAGAAGAGUUGGAAAAUAAUCUUAUUCCAACUGAUGAAGAUUUGUUAGAGUACAACAAUAAUGAUAUUGAACUUUAUGAAGAAAUUGGAGAAGACGUUAACCUUCCUCAACCUCCCCAAAAAAGAAUUGAAAUUUCAAAAAAAAAUUUUGAAGAAAGUCUUACACAUUUAAAACCAAUACAUGAAAAAGGUCUUUCAUUUAUACAUGCAAAAGAGAAAGCACCAAAUAUAUCAAAAAUGUUAGGUUGUAAUGUUUCUGCUUUAAUGAUAGUUUCAGCUUCUAAAUACGUCCAAGAUCAAAUGAAUGAUAAUGAAUAUUAUUCUUUCUUCUUAGCUUAUUUGAGUUAUACCCAUCCUGAGUAUUUUUCCUGA